AGAGUUCGGCACUCAGGAAGUAAAGCAAAGGCCCGAGGAGUCCGAGGUGUUCCUGUCAAACACAGUUCUCCUGUCUGAGGGUUUAUUUAUUUAUUUAUUUAAAAAACUUCGAGUUUUUAGGAUAUUUCCACUCGAGGCUACGGAUUCUACUACAGGAGGCUGGAGAACUGGUGACUAGGAGCUCAUUGCUAUCUCCUGUAUGAUGGCCAACGCAGUUGGCACUGCGUCUCUGUGUGCUGAUUUGAAGGCCUUUCUAAGUAACCAGAAUUUACCAAAAGGAAACAUUUCUCUUGUAGCACCGGCCAACUAUAGCCCCAUCACCAAGAUCACUUUAGGAGCUGUGAACUCUAAUGUCGGCACACCGAUGAUUAUAAGCACUCCUCAGAGGGUGACUCACCCAGGAAGUAUCCUCUUCGGCAGCCCCUUCACGCCACACACUACACCUGCUGCCAUGGUUACACAGGCUUGCCCUCCAGAGGGCAACGAAUGGACCCCAGGGAACAAGAAACGGACACAUGACUUUAUAGACCCCUAUUACUCUGACAGGGAUGGACUUUGCUCCAGUGACUCCUCAUCAAGUAAAAGAAUGAAGAAAGUUGAUAAGAAAGGAAAAGGGCUCAGGCACUUCUCCAUGAAGGUGUGUGAGAAGGUGCAGAUGAAAGGCACUACGUCCUAUAAUGAGGUGGCUGAUGAAUUAGUGUCAGAGUUCACCCACGCCAGCAACCUCGCAUCUACAGAUUGUCAGGCGUACGAUCAGAAAAACAUUCGCAGGCGUGUGUACGACGCACUGAAUGUGUUGAUGGCCAUGAACAUAAUCUCCAAAGAGAAGAAGGAGAUUCGCUGGAUUGGUCUUCCCACUAACUCGGCACAGGAAUGUCGCAACCUGGAGCUGGAGAAGCAGAAGCGACUGGAAAGAAUCCGGCAAAAAAGAAGCCAGCUAGAGGAGUUAAUACUACAGCAAAUAGCUUUUAAGAAUCUGGUGAAGAGGAAUCAGGCCAACGAAGCGGCUUCAAAAUCCCGACCUCCACCCGGUUCUGUCAUUCAGCUUCCAUUUAUCAUUCUCAAUACAGACGUGCGCACAGUCAUCGACUGCUCCAUCUCCAGUGACAAAUGUGAAUACCUCUUUAACUUCGACAACAUGUUCGAGAUCCAUGAUGACAUCGAGAUCCUGAAACGUAUGGGAAUGUCUCUGGGGCUGGAGAACGGCACAUGCACCACAGAGAACCUCAGUGUGGCCAAGUCUCUUGUUCCCAAAUCACUAGAGAGCUAUGUCACAGGCAUGGCCAAGAAAUCCAACAGAACCACUCACAGUUAUACAAGUCACAGCAGCACUGCUCCAUCAUACACUUCUGAGUCUCGGGGUCAGACACCCAGCUCCUUAAACGAGGAGGAGGACGACGACGAGGAUGAAGAUCAGGACGAAGAUGAUGAGGACGAGCCCUCUUCUCCAGAAUGAGCUCAGAAAUCGGUAUCGACGUUCGCUUUUCUGAGACUGGACCUCUGUCCCGCCGAUUGACUGUCUGCCAGUGGAAUAAGACACCAGAAUAAGCUUCCACUUGGGAUGAGAUUUUUCAAACCGUCCGUUUGUUUAUCCCUCUAUAUAUCGAUCUCUAUUUUUAUUGAUCUCUCCCACUUUGUGCACAUGUACACCCACCCACAUACACACUGGUUUUGUAUUUAGAGGAGGACUGAUAGUCAUGUUCUAAUGGUGCUUUUUCUCCUUGUGUAAUGCCAGCAAACCUCAGGUCAGGCAAAAGGGGGGAGUAAAUGCUGGCAGGAAUUUCACAUUGACAGCUUUCAAUUGGCCUUCCGACUGCCUCGAAAACAUCUUUUCUCUCAGUUCAAGUCUCAUUGUAUUUAUUACUGUCCUAUUCUAAGAUGAAUUAUCAUUGUAAUUUCUUGUGUUUAGACAACAGCCAAUGCUUAAUGGUUUUGUUUUCUGUUUAUAUCUCUCCCAUAUGCACUGUAAUGAAAUGAAUAGCGUAACUACUUCCAUAUUCAGAUUGUGGAAGGAAUUUGUGUGCUUUUUAGAAAAGGAAAAAAAAAUGUUUGUUUUCUUAAGAUUCUUUACAAUUUUGUUGUGCAUUAUCUUAGGUUUUUUUUGUUUUUUUGCCAUUUGCUACAAUAGAAUGAAUUUGGCGGGAAUUACCAUAAUGAGAUUAGCAUAUUUGUCUGGGUACAUAUGCCCUGAAAAGCUGCAUGCUAGGGAGUGAAGUGUUUUUGUAAGUGUGAUAUGUAGAGUAGCAUCUUUUUUUUUUUUUUUUUAAGAAAUUUAUAGUGGAUAUGAAAUGGCCAAUACCAGGCACGUUUCCUGCUUUGACCUAUUUAGGUCAGCAUUUUAAAGAUGGAUUCUUAUUUGAAAACCCAAUAGAAAAAUAUUAUUACUUGUAUUUUUCUCAGAUGGUUCCUACUUUGGUUUGGAAAUGUAACUCAAUAUGUAUAUGUAUACAUAAAUGUAUAAUUUUGGUUAA